AUUGGAAUUCCAAUCGACUCCAAUUCUGUUUGCACUACUACUCAUUCUAAAAUGUACUCGUUUUUAGAAAAAAUCCCAGCUUUUUCACUUUAGUUUUAAUUUUCUCAACACACACGCGGUAGAAAACAAACGGUUUGAAACUUUUUUUUCUUUCGCCUCCUUUCCCAGAACAGCAAACGUCAAACCGAUUUGACAUUUCUGUUGACAUUUCACCGAAAAUAGGUAAACAAAUACACCAUCUACGACGGAAACACAAACAACACUUGUGAUCGCUUUUUCGGCGAUUUUCCGCAUUUUACUGCUAAAUUAAAAAUAGUAAUAAUAGUGUUAUUGAUCUCAUUAUGCAGUUUAAAACGAUCAAACCAAAGGAUCCCUCAUUAGUGUCUUAUUUUAUUCUAUCGUUUUUGAGAAUUGUGCUUGUUUUCGUACCGCAGCUUGGUUACAUUCAUCCGGACGAAUUUUUCCAAUCGGUAGAAAUUGUCGCAGGCGAUGAAUAUGGAUUGGAGGUGACACGCACGUGGGAAUUUAACGCUACAUACCCCAUACGGUCGAUGGCGAUCACAUACUUCGGUAUGAAAAUUCCCUUUGCGUUGCUACGGUUUGUGUCGAUGUACACAAACUAUUAUCUUGGACUCAAUUUGCGCAAUAGCUACGUGACGCUGGUAUUUCCUCGCUUGCUUAUGGUGACACUAUCGUUCGUGAACGAUUGGAGCUUGUAUCGAAUUUGUCGAUCGUAUGGUUUGCAGUACCAGUUCCGGUUGCUCACACUAGCCAGCUCGUACGUGAUACUCGUGUAUGCUACACACACCUUUUCCAACUCGAUCGAAAUGGCACUGUGCUCCAUGCUGCUGUACAUCGUGAGCGAUUGUAUGAUCCACUCCAACACGGUCAUUUACCAGCGGGAAUUCCUCGACGAAAAGUACCGCAAAGCACAACGAACUGUCGAAAAGGUGCGCUUCUACAAGCUAAAAAUGUCACUUCCAUCCCAUUCGCUCAACAAAUGCGUCGUGAUGGCGACACUGUGUGUUGCGGGCGUCUUCAACCGGCCUACCUUCGUACUGUUUGGUAUGCCACUCGUGUUUCACUGGCUGCUACGCGGUAUGGGCACGAAGACGGUAUCGUUUACGGAUUUCAAUCUGCGCAUUAUGAUCUUCGUUCUUUCGGCCAUCCCAUCGCUGAUACUGUUCAUCGUUAUCGAUUCGAUCUAUUACGGAUACUUGACGAUGGCCGAAAUCGAACUGCAAGACAUUGGCAUUAACAACUUCGUUGUCACACCGGUGAACUUCAUCCGGUACAAUAUCAUAUCGGAAAAUACCGCCCAACAUGGAGUACAUCCGUUCUACACACACGUCCUCGUGAACGUUCCACUGCUGUACAAUGUGCUGGGAGUGCUUGCUAUAUUUUCACUUCUUUUCAUGAUUUAUCGCUUCUCCACCAACGAUUAUACUAGUCUGCCACGAGCUCAAUCCUUCGUUGGGUUAAUGUUAUCGGCGAUAUUUUUCCCCAUCCUUAGCCUUUCGCUGAUAAACCAUCAAGAGGCACGCUUUUUAAUUCCCAUUACCGUGCCAUUAGUGCUGCUGCACGCACCCAAGCUGCAGGUGGGACUGUCUGCGAACUAUCCCUUUAAGACACCGUCUCGCUUGAAGAAUUUCCUGUACCACAAUCUGCUCUGUCCGGCCGUAAGCCCAAAGUAUCUGCUUAAAAUCUGGUACACAACCAACGUCAUCCUUACGCUGUUUUACGGCUUCUUGCAUCAGGGAGGUGUGUAUCAGCUGGCGGAAUAUUUCAGCCGUCAAGUCGACGUACGUUCCUCGAACGUACACAUACAUCUAGUCACCAGCCACAUCUACAGUGUGCCCCAGUGCUUUGUUGGGCUUCCAAGCACGGAAACGUUGCUCGUGAAUCCCGACAACGGACAGAAGUAUCACCGUGCUAAACAAUUUUUCCUCUACGAGUAUGGAUCGCUCGAUUUGAAUCAAUUGUAUCGCAAACUGAAGCUGCUGAUCGAUGUUUGUGAGAUGCGCUCGAUUAGUGCUAACCAACGGUACCGACUGUAUCUAGCCAUUCCAUCGAGCUUGUCCGAGGGAUUGAACGAAAUCUUCCAGAAUCGAACGGCAGCACUCAUCAAACAUAGCCAGGUGCGCGUGUUCUAUCCGCAUCUCUCAAUCGAAGCAAUGCCGAAAGCGUUCGGCCAGCAUCCGUGCGGUAUCAAUACCGAUGUGGACGAACUGGACGAUACCUGUCCGAUUUACGCACUAGACGACGAGCAGAACCCGUUCAGUGUCGGACGGAUGUUAAAACAGUUUUCCUCGGUGGCACACCAGUUCGGGCUAAUUCUGUACCGGAUCGAGGUACGGCGCAUUAAAUAACAGCUACAUUACCAACCAGCAACCCGUGACGGACGGGCAACAGCCUGGGUUUGGAGUGAUACCCGAAGCUAGUCAUGCUUUCUCCCUCGUUAUAUUCUAAAUAGCAGCUAAACACGCUGUUCGAAAGCCGCACACAGUAUGGCAGCAUAGUAUCAUGCGAUUCUUUCGGGCUGUUUUCAUAUUCCAUUCCACACAACACUGACACAAAUAAUGCACUUUCUAUUUUGGAGGAUGUACGUAACAAAACGAGUUAACAGAACAAAUAAAUUAUUUAAUAAGCUUGC